CCCCUCUCAUCCCACAACCGCCACCCCCAACCCUCUCGCACCUUCUCUCAAUCCCAACCACCCAGCCGCCGCCGCUGUCCUCCGUCCUCUCCCCCAACCCCGGUCACCGACAACCCCUCCCCUCCCCUUCUUUCCCACGGCCGCGGUCGGAUCCGCGCUCGUCCCUUCCACAUCGCAGCCGCCACCUCCUUCCUUCCAGAUCGUGGCCGCCACCUCCCUCCCGCGGAGCUCCCCGCCGUCCAUGGCCUCCCCCAGGCCCUCCUCUCUCCCUUCCCCUCCCUCGCGCCGCCACCACCACCACCGCGACCGUGGAGGAGUACGAGGCGCCUCCGCUCAGGCUCCUCCGACCAUAUAAGCGGGCUAGUGCUCCCCCUCUCGCCUUCGUCUUCUUCCCUCGCUGUCCGCUGCCAUCGGGAUCUGCCGACGGAAUGGAGGCGGUAGACAACACCAGUUCUAUGCAGGCGGUGAUUCGAUGGAUGCUUCAGACCAUCCUUCCGAGCCUCGGCAAGCUGGACGGGUGGAUUCGCCAAGCAGGGCCCUCCGGCGAGGUGGAGGGGCUGAGGGACGAGAUCGAGCAAGUCGACGGGGUCGUCUCUGCCGUGAACGGCAGGGCGGCCCGAAACAGGUCGGUGGCCAGAUCCCUCGCAGCCCUCAAGCAGCUGCUCUACCACGCCGACGACAUGGUCGACUAGCUCGACUGCUACAGGCUUCAGCAGGAGCUCCACGCCCACGGAGUGUAGGCCCAUGGCAUUGGCACCAUCCCAACGAAAUUGAUGGACCAAGUAACCAGCUGCCAAGUUCUUCAAGUUCAUCCAGAAGAAAAAGGAGAAGGGGCAACAUGGAGAAAGACGCGGUGCUGGUGUGCAUGGUCCUGGGCUUUCUGGGCUCCGUCGCGGUCACCCUCGGCUUCGUCGCCAACAACUACAACUCCAAGUACAACGGGACGAACUGCGUGUACCGAAGCCCGCCGGCGAUGGGUCUCGGCAUCCUGGGGGUGUUCCUGGUGUUCAUCAACCAGGUCAUCGUCGCCGCCUAUGCCAGCGGCUGGUGCCUCUGCCUGUGUUGCUGCUGCCCCUGCUGGACCAAGCGCCGCCGGCUGGCGCCAACACCGUCCAAGUGGAACCCACGUAAAGAGCUGUGUGAGCCCUCCUGGAUGGGGCUUCGGUUGGACCUCUGAUUGAGCUCCCCAUAGACUUUGACCCAAGCAUCCGCGUGACAGGGUUUGUCGGAACCGCCAUCGCUUUAGGGUGCUUCUUCGGCGCCGCCAUCAUCACCAAGCGCAGGGAGUACCUGUACCUCGGUGGCCUGACCUCUUCUGGCAUGUCGAUCCUUCGACAUGAAACUGUAUGCUAGGUUUCUUCUCUUCCUUUUGGUGCGCAUGCCAUUACUACAUGGUGACCAUGUAGGUAAAGCUUGCAAGUCGAUGGCAGUUAGAAUUGGCGACUGGAAAGAAGCGCACACCUAGCUCAAGAACGCAGGCAACAAGAAGAGGAAGAGGAGGUCCUGAACGUUUCUCCCACACAUCGUAGAUACCACCACCGCGGCCCUGUAGGAAUUAAGCUGGCGCUGUGCCACCCUUGUGUAUCUGUUUUUGAUUGUAUGUGGAAGUUGGACGUGCAUACCUGUAUUUGCUCUUGUGAGUAUUUGACUGGAUGAUCUUUGGAUUUAAUCAGUUAAUUGACAGAUUUAUUGAUA